GUUCCUUUCAUCAUCUUAUUUUUUCUUUUAGUUUUAUUUAUACAAUACAAUGGGUUUGAGUUUCUCAAGAUUAUUUACUGACCUUUUUGGAAAAAAGGAAAUGCGUAUUCUGAUGGUUGGUUUGGAUGCUGCUGGUAAAACCACCAUUCUUUAUAAACUUAAAUUGGGUGAAAUUGUUACUACUAUCCCUACUAUUGGUUUCAACGUCGAAACUGUUGAAUACAAGAACAUCUCUUUCACUGUAUGGGAUGUUGGAGGUCAAGAUAAAAUUCGUCCUUUGUGGAGACACUAUUUCCAAAACACUCAAGGUAUUAUCUUUGUAGUGGAUUCCAACGAUCGUGAUCGUGUAUCGGAAGCUCGUGAUGAAUUGCAACGUAUGCUCAAUGAAGAUGAACUUCGUGAUGCCCUUUUACUCGUAUUUGCCAAUAAGCAAGAUUUACCCAAUGCUAUGAAUGCUGCUGAAAUCACUGACAAGUUGGGUCUUCAUUCUCUUCGUAACAGACACUGGUAUAUUCAAACUACAUGUGCUACUAGUGGUGAUGGUCUCUAUGAAGGUUUGGAAUGGUUGUCAAACAACUUGAAGAGAAGAUCUUGAACGGAUGAUUUGUUAUUACUUCAAUAAAGCUCAAAAAUAUUAGUACACCUUUUUUUAUAUAUCAUUCUGUUUCCUACUUUAUUAUUUAUUAUCCAUUGAUUUACUGAUAUGAAAAUAAAUAAUAUGCGUAUGUUUACGUGUUUUAGUUAUUAUUAA